CAAGUAACUCGUGGGUCACCUGCUUUUCAGCGGAACCAUCUAGUCAUCAACGCUGAUGGAUGGGUAGAUCAUGUGAAAGUAAAACUUCUAAGAAGGGAUCAGGAUCAGAUCAAAGAACAAAAAGGAAAAACAGAGUCUCUUUGAAUACACAUGGAAAACUCCAAUUCGCCACCGUUUGAUGAACUUUUGAAGGGAUUACCAGAUCCGCCCUCAGAGAGUCCAGGAAGAGAUGGAGAUAAAUCCAAGUCUGGGGCCAUGGAAGUCUCACGAACAUGGACUGGAUGGAUAUGGAGACAAAUGAUGUACUUAGUUAAUCCGGUACUUUCUUUACUGUCCUUCAGACCGUCUAAAAUCAACAAGAACAAAUCAGACGAUACUCUUGAUAGCAAAGUUGACCUCUUAUUAACAAAGGUAGAUUUUCAAGAUAGGUAUGAAAUUAAAGCAAAACUUGGAGGAGGAGACUAUGGAAGAGUGUAUAAAGCAACAACAAAGUAUCGUGGCAAGGAAAUGGAGACUUUGGCCCUAAAAAUCAUAUGUGAAGAUGAAAAGCUUUGCUCAUCGACCACUUUAAAUGAAAUUGUGCAAAAUAUCAAUAUCUGUGGACGGUCUGAACAGUAUGAACAAUCAAGAUGCCCAUAUGUGGUUACCUUUUAUAGUCACAGGGAAUUUACUUAUAGUCCAUAUCACUAUCUUUGUAUUGAAAUGGAAAUCUGUGAUGGAGGGACUUUGUACAGGUCACCCCAUCAUCAAGAUAAAUAUGACGAUGAUGAAUUUAGAAAAGGACUUCUGCUUCAAGCCAUAUCAGGAUUGGAUUUCAUACACAGUUGCAAUUUAGCACACUGGGAUAUCAAAGGAGAUAACAUAUUCUUCAAAAGCCCCAACGACCACACUAUCAAAUAUGGUGACUUUGGUUUGACAAAAAACAGCACAAGCUCACAAGCUUCGGAUUUGAUGGAUCUUGGGAGAACUUUACUUAAACAUGUCUUUCUGAGAAAACACAAUUUGUCUGGAGGAGAACUCGAGUUUAGAAUUGAGUAUCUGUUGCUUGAAAAUAAAGUUUCCAAAAACAUUCGAGAGGCACUAGAGGGGCUUACAUUUGGACGUAUGAAAUUGGCAGAUGCAGAGAGAAAAAUAAAGGAUAUAGAUGGUGCAACUUUACCGACAAUCAACACUAGCAGUACCGAAUCUAACAUAUGUAAUUUAAGAACAGUGAAAGAAGUACGUGAAGUGGACCCGUUUUAUCCAAAAAAGAGCAGUGGAGAGCUUUUGCAACCUGAAGACCUGAUUCAUUUUGUUAUAGUGUAUUCAAAUUCCAACUACACCGAUGUUGAAAGCUUUAAAAAUUGGUUCCAAGGCCUUAUAGGAGAUAAUCGUGGAACUAUGGUCAAACUCUAUGAUAGUGAAGAGUUUCCAGCUGAUGUAGUGCGAUCAGUAAAAGAAAUUUACAACAGAGCCAUUUUUGUCUUAUUCUACCUCACAGUAGAAUUUACUGAGGAUCGUUUAUCAACUUUUUUCAAUGAUGAAGGAAUGGGUCAAACGACACUCAAUGGUGCAACUACUCGCCAAGAACACAAGAACAAGUAUUCAAAUCUUGCACUGGAACACAAACAAGAUUGUAGACGACCAAUUCAGACUAUGCCUCCAGAAAGUUAUGAAACUCCAGUUGGAUUAACCACUGUAAAACCAAUUGAUUAUUACAACAUUAAAAACCAAAAGGAACACCUGGAAAAGAGUUUGAAAGAACUAGGGGAAACUGCUAGAAGAAGGUUCGAGGACAGAAAGAGAGCUAUGUUUAAAUGCCUAUACCAUGAGAAUGAGAACAAAUAUUUUUCAAGUACACUUGAAAAUUCAUUGUCUUCUUUACAGACAUCAGCUGUGUCCUCUUUGUCAACUGAAGACCAAUCAAACAAUGGAGAUAACAGGCAGUCACAAAUCAAUGAAGCAGAAGAAGAUUGCAGCAUGACUGAAAGUAGAUCUGGAACUGCUGUAAGGGACAACGAUCUAGAGAUGGUGUUUGAUUCCCUUUCACGUAAGCUUCCUGGACCUGAUCUUUGUCAAUUCAGUAUCUUACUUUUGGGAGAUUCAACAGAAACGUGGAACAACAAGUAUAUCCCAGAAAAUUAUUUCAGAAUAAUGUAUGUUUGGAAAUGCAAGAAUCCAGACAUCAAUCACAAGGAGAAAAUAAAAGAGGUUCUUGGACAAAUGGAGAGGGAGGAUUUAGUUGAUGAAAUGGAUUCCUUUUCUAUAGGUGCCAGUUUUCACCAUAGUGAAGAAAUAGUGGGACCAACAGAAGUUGUUGACAGUAAAGACUUUAUCGUGAUGUGUAAUAACAUGGCUCGUGAAUACGUACACGUAGUGCGUUUUCUUGGACUUCAACAAAAACAUAUUGACCAGGUAGAAUGUAACUUUCCGUACAUUAAAGAUCGGAUACUCCAAACCCUCAAGAAAGUCAAAGAAAAGAGGCGAGUAACUAGACAGCAAUGUUGCAUUGCCUUACACUAUGCCGAUCAAGCUCAUGUGAUUGACCUUCUUAACAAAGAAUGGACCAGACUGUGAUGAUGAAAUAUACGAGGACUACACAAUUUUGUUCUUGCUUUACAAAACGUUUCACUAUUUCGGAGAGCCUCAAUGAACUUUGCUCGAAAUAUUCAAUGGAGCACCCUUAUGGCAUCGGUUGGUAAGCUUAAAACCAAAAAAAAAAUUGUAGUCUGCGGUGUAAAUACGUCUGUAGAUUUAGUGUAGUUGUAGUAGAGGUGUAUUUAUAUGUAGUUUUUGUUGUUUUGUUAAUAUUGGUCACAUUAUAUAAUUCUUUUUGUUUGUCUUGAAGAAGAGACAGAUCCUCCUGAAAAUUUGACAAUCUGGUUGUUCGUGUCUUUGGUCACUUUAAUGCGUUGUAUUAUUAUUUUACCUUGCAUUCACAGUUGUCGGAACUUUGUGUGUGUAUAUAUAUGUGUGUGUGUGUAUAUAUUUAUGAGCAGGGAAAUGAAAUUGUACAUUUAUUCUCGGGAAUGACUAUGACUUUGUGUGUAUAUAUAUAUGUGUGUGUGUAUAUUUAUGAGCAGGGAAAUGAAAUUGUACAUUUAUUCUCGGGAAUGACUAUGACUUUGUGUAUAUAUAUAUAUAUGUGUGUGUGUAUAUUUAUGAGCAGGGAAAUGAAAUUGUACAUUUAUUCUCGGGAAUGACUAUGACUUUGUGUAUAUAUAUAUAUAUGUGUGUGUGUAUAUUUAUGAGCAGGGAAAUGAAAUUGUACAUUUAUUCUCGGGAAUGACUAUGACUGUGUGUAUAUAUAUAUAUGUGUGUGUGUAUAUUUAUGAGCAGGGAAAUGAAAUUGUACAUUUAUUCUCGGGAAUGACUAUGACUUUGUGUGUAUAUAUAUAUGUGUGUGUGUAUAUUUAUGAGCAGGGAAAUGAAAUUGUACAUUUAUUCUCGGGAAUGACUAUGACUUUGUGUAUAUAUAUAUAUAUAUAUAUAUAUAUGUGUGUGUGUGUGUGUGUAUUUAUGAGCAGGGAAAUGAAAUUGUACAUUUAUUUUCGGGAAUGACUAUGACUUUGUGAAAUUAAAAAUGAUACAUGUAACACACAAUGAUUUGAAAGGUGCCUUCCAUUGGUAAAUUGGAUAACAUUCAAAUCGAUAAGUCAAAACUAAAAAAUUACAAAAGGUUGAAGGAGAUUGGCAACUCUGGGUAUUGUGUGGAAAUUUCAUAUCGUGAUAUAUUGUGAUAUGAUCUGAUCUUAUCAAUGACACGUGGUUAUACUAUUGAAGGUGUGACACGUCUCGUGUUAAUUUCCCUAAAGGUGUUGCAUGAAAGAUUGAAAAAUUUAAGUUAUUCAAAUAUAUGAUAAAACCAAGUAUUAUACCUCAUAAAAAGUAAAACAAUCUGAUUGGCCGAGGUCACGUGAUCGUCGUGUUUGCCCUGCAAGGAAACAUCGUGUUCCACCCCUUUGGAAUGAGAGUACCAAACCCCCGUAUGCGUAACCCGGACGGAGUUUACCCAUAAAUGUCUAGGUGUUGCGUGAUUGGCUAAUAUCAAGAGUGAAAUUAUUUGGAAUUGAAAGAAAUAUUAUAGAGGUUCAAAUUAAUUGUCAGGAUGAAAAAUUAUCGCACAAAAUCGAGAAAUGACUGGGGAAAUUAUCAUGGUAGGGGUGUGCUUAAAAUGAAGUGUGUAAUUUACUGCAGAUUGCUAUGUGUUGUAAAAAAGUACAAAUAUGACCUAUAAAAGGCACGGGACCCUAUAUAUUUUUUGUCAUUUUUUAUCAACACUUGGAAUGAACUUUGAAAUGUUUGCGGUCAUUUGUUUAAAAUCGAUAUAGUUAAUUAGUGAGAGGGCCAAAGGUUAACAUUGAGGUCUAUGGGAAAUGAAUUGGUACUCUUUUCCCCUUUGGAUAUCUCGUUUCACUUUCGUGUCCAGUUAAAUGAACAAGCCCGAGUGUUCCGAAUGAUGCAGGCAACAACAAACACACAGCCUCGUGCAUUUCCAUAUAUUCAACGUCAAGGUAAACGAAGUUUAUUGUGACCUCACAAUAAGUUCGAGUUAUUGUACUUUGAUAGUUCGUAAGGCACACAAUAUGCGGGUCUCUGAUAUACAUUUUUAAAAAUAGCUUGGUUUUGGUUGGUAGAAAAAGCAAGCAAGUAAAUCAGCAUCCAUUGUGAAUGGAAAACAAAAACCGGUUAUCAUAUCACUCUAAUUCGUUGUUUGUACCUCCUAAUACAUUGACAGCGCGGUGUUAUUGUUAAGGCAAUCUCAGCUACAUACAGUGUAUAGUUGAGCGGACUCCAAUUUCAAAUUUAUUUUUUGUAGUCUUGCUUUGUUUCGUUAUAAUAAACAAUUUAUUGCAUGACUGUUCGGGAGAUAUGAAUAUUUAUUCACCCUCAGGGAAUAAGAUUUUUCUUGGGUGAAUAAAUAUUCAUAUCUUCCUCACUAUCGUGCAAUAAAUGUAUAUUGGAAAGUAUGUCUUGAUUCAAUAAUUUUUGAAAAUAAGUUUAAAAGACCUGUAUUGACAAAAUUAGCCAAAAUAUUUCAAUUUUAAAUCGAGCAAUAAACGAUUUAUAUGAUUUUUAGCAUUAAAAUGAAGGGGUAUCCCCGAAUUUCAAAAAACUGCCUCCGUGAAACAAAAUAAAUUUAGAAUGAACAUGGUCUUCGAGUUUUCCUCUAAAAAAAAACUGUCGCUUUGAAAUUUUGUUUCACAGGGCAUUUUUUUUUUUUUUUUUUUUUUUUUUUUGGAAAUUUAAAACAAUCGAAACGGCUUCAUGGUAUUAUUUUCAACUUCACAUAUACGUUAAUUUUCCACAGUAAUGUAUGGUCUACUGCGUGGUUCAGUGGAUAAGAUCGUCGACUCUUAUUAUUAAAGAUGAUUCAAUUUUCAAAACGACAGAGUUCGACUCCCUUACGUACACACAUUUUUGUUGUUGUUCAUAUUCAGAUUUUGUUUCCCUUAAAACUUCUAGUUUUUAUAAAUGUUUCAUGUCAAAUCUCUGUUUAUUACCAUGUACCGAGUUUGAAAUAAACUGUCAACUUGGA